AUGGUGCACUUCCAUCUCCUCUGUCUUGGUCUUGUAUUCUCCGUUUCGUCAGCCAGCGAAUUGAAAUGUGCCACUGGACUCGAUGGCAAAGAGGCAGUCAUUCCAGAGUCUUGGAUCAAUGAUGGGUACUGCGAUUGUCCAUUUGAUGGUAAAGACGAACCAAAUACAGAGGCUUGCUCAGGUUCGACAUCAUGGCCUGGAUUGAAGACUGAUGGAGUCGUCGUGGAUGCUGCAAGCAGCCCCGCUUCGCCGGGCUUUCAAUGCUCCAAACAGACAAAGGUUAUACUACCGCUAUCUCGUAUCAAUGACGGAAUUUGUGACUGCUGUGACGGGGAAGACGAAGCGGAGGGUCUUUGUCCGGAUAUCUGUGAGGAACUGUUCCGGGAAGAACGCGAGGCACGAGAAAAGUUGGAAAAGAAUUUCAAAUCGGGAUACAACAAACGGAAGCACGAUUUGUAUAAUUUCAAAAAGCUGCGGCAAGAGAAAUUGCAGGAGGCUGUCGAGAAGGAAGCCGAGAUCGCAUCCAUUGACAAGGAAGAAAGCGAAGCACAAGCGUCCAUUGAUGAAUUGCGAGACGCCUAUGCAAAGGAGCGUAAAGCAGCAGCGAACUUGAUGGCCAAGAGCCUUGCGGACUUAGUGGAUCCACUGAGCGAAGACGAAUUGAAGAAGCUGAUUAUCCACUCAUGCCAACUUGCAGGCGAAGUGUCGGACGAAGAUGCGGAUACUUGCGUUGCUUUGCGAUUGUCUGCUCUGGACACUGUUGGCUCUGCAUGGAGUGAUGAUAGUUAUGCUGAUGAUGUGGAAAUGGAAUUUUCAACAGAUGACCAAGAUAUCGCUGAGAUGUUGCUCCAAAACUCCAUUGAAACAUAUUCAGUCAAGUAUACAUUGGACGAGUCUAAUAGACGUCGUCUUGACGAAUACCAUGGAGACUAUGAUUACGACGGCGAAUUCGACGAUGAUCAUUACGAUCCUCACGAUGACGAAGACGACUACGGAGAGGAAAGCUAUGAGCCCCCAUCGCCAUCAAAGUAUUCAGACAGGAAGAGAAAGAUUUAUGCAUCACGGGAUGUCUCCGAGAAGGAACAAGAAGUGAUUGACGAGUUGAAGGGAUCCAAGUUCUCCGAAUCGCGAGUGAAGUACUUGACUCGAUCCAAGAUUCUAGAAGAAAAAAUCAACAAUGUUCUCGAUGCAGCGGAAGAAGCAGCCAAAGCGAAGGAAGAAGCAGCCAAAGCGAAGGAAAUAGGAGAAUGGGACGAUUUGAACAAGGAGGAAGGUGAAGCUGAAAGUGAAAGUGACGUCGCCGAGGAAGAAGAAGUCCCAACCAUUGAUACUGAAGCGUAUAAUGCCAUCAAGGAAACGCUCGAAGCCACAGAGAGGAAAAUUACAAAAGGUUUCCGAUGGGGGGCUUCAGCAAAGCUCUUCUUUUCCAAGUCUUCUUCGACAACCACUCUGGAUGGCCUCAAGUCGCUUGCUAUUGGAACUUUGCUGCACGGCAACCUUGGGGCAACUCAUGUUUGGGAAGUGUUGCAAUCCGUUCUGCCGGAAUAUGAACAAGGAGCUGAAGCAUCGUCGGAUACCUGCGCUGCGGCAUUACCAAUCUCUUGUCCUCCAGCCCCUAUUACCCGCAAGGGCAUUUCAUAUCCACCAUCAUUUAUCGUAACCGCUGUCGAAGCACUCUGUAUGGAACAAGCAACCAUGGAUGUCGAUGAAAGCACUUGUGCUGAAGAAGGAGCCUCGGAUGAAAUUCCAGAGUCAGUCUCGGAUGGGCUUUAUGGAUAUUUCAGUCCAUCUCCACGACAAGAGACCGAUCCAUUGAUGGCAUUCUUCUCUCCACUGUUGCUACUAAAGGCUGAUAAGGAUACUUAUGAUAAGCAUAUGAUGACAAAAAGAGACCUGAACACGAACAAAAAGAGAAUCGAGCGUCUGAUUACAGAUCUGUACAAGGACAUUGGAGGAAAAGAUGGUGAUGGAAUGGGUCCCAGUGGCGAACUGUAUUCCAUGGCCAAUGAAUGUUUCAGCGUUGACGCUGGCAAGUACACGUAUGAAACUUGUAUAUUCAAGGAAGCUAAGCAAAAGGAAGGCUCUGGAGGCGGCGGUACUGGCCUUGGAAAAUGGACUGGCAUGGAGCUCGACGAAAAUGGGACCCGUGUGAUGAAAUGGGAAAAUGGUCAAAAGUGCUGGAAUGGUCCAAUGCGAUCCGCUACGGUAUAUGUAACUUGUGGUCCCGAAACUAAGUUGAUAUCCGCCGACGAGCCUGAUACUUGCUGCUACGUAUUUGAGAUGGAAAGUCACAUUGCGUGUGACGAAGCCUACAAGGCCAAGAUGGGAUUGGAUAAUCUUGAAGGCUAA